UCCACCCUUCCUUCAGGAUUUGACUAAAAAGAGUGGUAUAAAUACUUCUUGUUUAUACACUCGAUUAGUGUCUCUUUGGUUGGCAAAAUUUAAGUGCAGAGCGUGUUGCUUGCCAUCACCAUCAAUCUGUCCAUUUAAGUCUCUUUAUUGGAUCUGAAGCUAAAAACGCUUUCCAAGAACGCCAAAAGCAGGAAGCUGAAAGCUGUUCUCUAUUUUUUAGCUUCUAUAAAAGCAAAAUAAGCUCUACCCACUGUCUGGAAUUGACGAACAGAUGAUGGGUCGGCUUUGCUUUUCGAGGGUUCUUCUUCUUUCACUGCUUCUCGCUCUCUGCUUCUCUCUUGGAUUUGGUAGACUGCUGAUGGAGACUGUUGAUUUCGGAGAUUCCACUGUUGAAUUCCAGGAAGCUGAAAUUGGAGGUGAAUCAAGAGAGUUAAUUGAGCUGAUGGAUUACAAACCAACUGGGCCAAACACUAAUCCAAGAACUGGAUACGUAUUCAGCCCUCCUCCAUAAGGCUAAUUGAGAUUAGUCUAAUAAAAUUGUCGUGAAUUUUCUGUUAUGUUUUCUGUAAGAUAGUUAUUUGGGGGAAGCCUGAAUUUUCAUUUAUAUGUUGUUUCUG